UUUCCUUCUGGUCACGUCAAGGGGUCUGUUUGCGGGACUAUGAGGAGAGCUGUCACCGACAUUCGUUUUCGAGGGUAAUUGAGCCCUGUGAGUUUUUGUAGUCGGGUGUUGUAAAUUAGGUCAUUAUUUGGCCCUACUCUGCACAUUUGCUGUCUACUCUGCGUUUAUCUGACGACGGAAUGGCGGAUUGGAAGAUGCCAGUAAGUUACAACUUCAACCCAUCUUAUCAUGCGUAUGCAUAUGGGCUCAUGUACCCGCAAGUGUCUGAACACGGCCACCCGAAUCUGAGCUGGGCCGAGGCCGCGUACACUCACUCCGGCGGGGUCACCGCGACCUAUUACUCCGCUCAAACCGCACAGCAGUCGCCAACCUGGAGCCCGGAGAACGGCAGUGCCAGCAGCUACGGCCAGUGCCCGAGCCACGCGCAGAACGGACGGCUCUUCCUCUCGUAUAAUAAGACUGAGCCCGAUCCGAAGGCGAAAGAUGCAGAGCAGGCCGGCAGCGAUACACCCAGUGAUUCAGAGGCCCAUACGCCAGAUUCCUGGAGCUCAGGCAGCAGUCAUGAGGGGGCUGCUCUGACCAACCUCAAUAUUCCAUCCUGGGGAGAUCGGGACUAUGAAACGGACAGUGGCAGUCCUGACAGUGGAGAACAGAUCUCAUCUUCCGUCUCUACAGCGAAAGAGGAGCCAGUGAGUCUCAAUCUGGGGGUGGAAGCCUUGCCUCCCCUGCCUGCUUUGACCACAUCUACAGCCCGACCUCCAACCCAGACCCGCAAGACUCGGGCUGCCUUUUCUGAGGAGCAGAUGACUGCCCUCAUCCACCGGUUUAAUAUCCAGAGAUACCUCACGCCUGCAGAGAUGAAGACGCUUGCUGGAGCGACAGGACUAACGUACAAACAGGUGAAAACGUGGUUUCAAAACCGUAGGAUGAAACUCAAGAGGCAUCAAAGAGAUAGUAGCUGGAUGACGGAGAGAUACGUCGUCAAUGCCGUACCCAGCACACCAGCUCCUCACUCUCAGUUUCAGACUGAAACCCCUCGAGCAACCCAAGACCCCUACAGUAACCCUCAGGUGAGAGAGUCUGUGUUCAAGAGGAGUCCUCCACAAACACCCUUCUACCCCAGCUACCCACAGCCACGCUCUCCUCUCCAGGCCACCACAAGACCCCCGGGAAACUGGCCUCUGCCCCCAGCUGUGAUGCACUACGAGUUCCCCAACCCUGCUAACUACAUGCAAGCCCGUGACGGCAGCGAUGCAGCGAACAAAGAAGGCAGCCCUACUCAAAUGCCAUCCAUGCUUGGUGCCGCACAGUGGACAACGAAAGAAAUGACUUUGCUGUGAGUCCGGCUGCUUUUGUAUUUUCAAUUUCAGCCCCCGCAGCCUUGGGCAUUCACUGUAUUUGUACAUUUUUAUUUUUGGCAACAAACUGUCAUAUUUUUAGGCAGUGAUGUCAUGGGUUGCCAGUUGGGGCCAAAUGAAACAUGUCUCAAGAUUUUUUUUUUUGUAAAGUUUGCCUUUUUAAUACACUCAGCAUGUUUUAUACCGGAGAUCUAUUUUUAUAACUUCAUUGUACCUUUCAGAGUAUUUAAUAUCUUGAUCCUUUGCUCUUUCAGAUGCUUGUUUUCUUUUUUGAUUUAGUCAGGACAAGUUGAUUUCUUUGAGCUACAUGAAUUUGUAUAUAUGCAAGGCACUGCUCUAGAUCUGAUACGGGAAAAGGUUGUCUGUACUGCACUGUUUUGUUCUGUAUUAAUUUCUCUGCGUUUCACUGCUGUAUGUGAUCUGUGCUACAUUUGUACAAUUUCUUA